GCUACAUCUACAGCAGCUUCUCACCUUGGAAUGCGAGGGCAGCUCCCGCAUCUCCCGCACGCACGUCUCCAGCCGGGCGCGGGAGGAGAGCCUCCAGAUCCUUCCUCCGCCUCCUCGCACUGCUCCCAGCGAGGGAGGGGAGGCCGCCGAGAGCCCCUCUCGCUUCUGGCCUUCGUUUUAUGUUGUCUGCAAGGAGGAGGAGAGCGCCGGAGAACUUGGUGCUGGGGAGCUGACCUCUGGCCUGGCGGGCCUCGGGGCAGGGAGGGCCGAAGAGGAGUGGCUGGGGCUGCGGGAAUCCAUGCGGGGGCCAUGGACCGAGCGGCGCUCCUGGGACUGUCCCGCCUGUGCGCGCUGUGGGCAGCCCUGCUCGCGCUGUUCCCCUGCGGGGCCCAAGGAAACUGGAUGUGGUUGGGCAUCGCCUCCUUCGGGGUCCCGGAGAAACUGGGCUGCGCCAACUUGCCGCUGAACAGCCGCCAGAAGGAGCUGUGCAAGAGGAAGCCCUACCUGCUGCCCAGCAUCCGCGAGGGCGCGCGCCUGGGCGUCCAGGAGUGCCGCACCGGGACCCCCGGGGCUGGCGCGGGACAGGGGCGACCCCUCCUCCGAUUCCUGUAAAGGAACAUCGAUGGUGCUUGUGUGGUCCCGACGCGCUCCCAAUCCCCCCGAGAGCGUAUGCCUCUCUCAUUUAGCAAUUUACGUCUUAUUCUAGGCACCAAGGAAACAGCGUUUAUCUACGCGGUGAUGGCUGCAGGCCUGGUGCACGCUGUGACCAGGUCAUGCAGCGCAGGCAACAUGACCGAGUGUUCCUGUGACACCACCUUGCAGAACGGCGGCUCAGCCAGCGAAGGCUGGCACUGGGGGGGCUGCUCGGAUGACGUCCAGUACGGCAUGUGGUUCAGCAGAAAGUUCCUGGACUUCCCCAUCAGAAACACCACGGGCAGAGAAAGCAAAGUGCUGUUAGCAAUGAACCUACAUAACAAUGAAGCUGGAAGGCAGGCUGUGGCCAAGCUGAUGUCCGUAGACUGCCGUUGUCACGGAGUGUCCGGCUCCUGUGCGGUGAAAACAUGCUGGAAAACCAUGUCUUCUUUUGAGAAGAUUGGCCAUUUCCUGAAGGAUAAAUAUGAGCACAGUGUUCAAGUCUCAGACAAAAUAAAAAGGAAAAUGCGCAGGAGAGAAAAGGACCAGAGGAAAGUACCGAUCCGCAAGGAGGAUCUGCUCUACAUCCAUAAGUCUCCCAACUACUGUGUAGAGGAUAAGAAAAUUGGGAUCCCGGGGACACAGGGCAGAGAAUGCAACCGCACGUCGGAGGGCACGGGUGGCUGCAACCUCCUCUGCUGUGGCCGAGGCUACAACACCCACGUGGUCAGACAUGUGGAGAGGUGCGAGUGCAAGUUCAUCUGGUGCUGCUACGUUCGCUGCAGGAGGUGUGAAAGCAUGACGGACGUCCACACCUGCAAGUAACCACUCCGUCCAGCCGUGGGCACCACGCCUCACUGACCACAGUGGAGUGCCACUUUGCAGGGCUAGUGAAGUCCACUCUGGCCUCGAAACCCAAGAUCCUUGGACCCGCCCAGAGUUCCCUUUACCUGGUUGACGUCCAGUCACACACUGAGCAUGUGGAUUUGGGGGAAUUCUACAAGUUUUGGGUUCCUAAUUUGGUGAUUUGGGGAAAAAAAAUUAUAUAUAUAAUCAUCUGUCUCCUAAGCAAGAAAGAGCAGGAAAGAACCUUCCUGUAGAAAAUCUGGUCAUCUUCAGGAUAAGAUCCUUGACUAUGGAACUCAGUUAUGGAACUCAGUAGGGGUGGGUGACUGUUAGUCAUUUUUAAAAGACACCUCUUAUCGCAGCCAGGAGCGUACAGGUGAAUCUCAUUUAUUCUCUCAGCGUCUUAUUUUUUUCUUAAUAUAUUUUAUUGAUUUCAGAGAGGAAGGGAGAAGGAGAGAUAGAAACAUCAA